ACUCUCGAUAUCUUCCUCUUUCCCCGUGGAUCCAAGAUGGUGCGAGGUCCAAGGAAGCACUUGAAGCGCCUUCAUGCACCCAAACACUGGAUGCUGGACAAACUGGGGGGCACAUUUGCCCCCAGACCCAGCACUGGUCCACACAAGAUGCGUGAAUGUCUGCCUUUAAUGAUAUUUUUGAGGAACAGACUAAAGUACGCUCUCACGUAUGAUGAAUGCAAAAGAAUUGUGGCUCAGAGGCUCAUUAAAGUGGAUGGCAAGGUCCGGACAGAUUUCCUGUAUCCCGCUGGGUUCAUGGAUGUAAUCACAAUUGAGAAGACAGGAGAACAUUUCCGUCUGAUUUAUGAUGUCAAGGGACGUUUCUGUGUCCACAGGAUUAGUGCAGAAGAAUCCAAGUACAAGCUGUGUAAAGUAAAACACGUCAAGGUGGGACCCAAGGGUGUCCCCUUCAUCGUCACCAAUGAUGGCCGCACCAUCCGGUACCCGGACCCUCUGAUCAAGGCCAACGACACCGUGCAGGUGGACAUCGCCACAGGCAAAGUCAAGGACCUCAUCAAGUUUGACUCUGGCAAUGUAUGCAUGAUCACUGGUGGCCAUAACUUGGGCCGAGUGGGUAUUGUGACCCACCGUGAGCGCCACCCAGGAGGUUUUGAUAUCGUCCACAUCAAGGAUGCCAUGGGACAUAGUUUCGCCACCAGGUUGAACUACGUUUUCGUGAUCGGCAAGGGCAGCAAGCCGUGGGUGUCUCUGCCUAAAGGCAAGGGUGUGAAGCUGAGCAUUGCUGAAGAGAGAGACCGCAGAAUUGCCAAGGGAGGCCAAUGAAUGGAGGAGAGAAUUGAAACUGUCAGGAAUAAUAGAACACCAUAUAAGACGAAUGAAUAUGGAGACUGUUUAUAGACUGAUAAAUGUAAACUACGAAAUAAACAAACUUUGAAGAGAA